AGGAUUCAAAAGUUGGCGCUGCUGGGUGAUCCAGGAGGGUGUGCAGGGCGCCGAGGGGCAGAACUGGAGGCAGGGUGUCAUGAUCUCGUUUGGCCCUGUGGGCUGCGUGCCUGCAGCGGGCGGCCAAGCCUUCACACCUGACUGAGCGGGAAUUUCCGGUCCCUCUCGCUGGCUUUUGGAGGAAAAUGAAAGUGAAAGGGGGAAGCCGAGACAGAGUAGAGGAGAUCGCAGCGCCAUGAAGCCUCUGCCCCUGCUCGUCGCUGUGGCUUUGGGCCUGGUGACCGCCGUCUCGGCUGGACCAGCAGCGAUUGAGUGCUGGUUCGUGGAAGAUGCAGGUCGGGGUAGCCUGAACAAGAAACCUGCCUCGUUGCUGCUGCGCCAGGGACCCAUGGGUCCACCGCCCCGACCAGAUCUUGACCCUAAGCUAUACUUCAAGGUGGAUGACCCAGCGGGAAUGCUCCUGGCUGCCUUCAGGCGGUACCCCUCCGGCACCCCCGCGCCACACUGCGAGAUGAGCCGCUUCAUCCCGUUCCCCGCUUCGGCGAAUUGGGCUAGACAUUUGAUCUCGCAGCGGAGCUGCCCACGGGCCCUGGAUGGGGAUUGGCUGCUGGUCAGUGUGUCCAGCACCGUCUUCAGCCUCUCUAGCCUGCUGCGACCACAGCCGGAGCCUCAACAGGAGCCCGUCCUUAUCACCAUGGCAACAGUGGUGCUGACUGUCCUCACUCACAGCCCUGUUCCCCGGAUCCAGCUGGGAAAAGACGCAGUGCUGGACCUGAGCUUUGCCUACAUGCCCCCUGUUCUGGAAGAUGCUCUGUCUCCGACCACUGGCCCCCCUCCCUUUGGGCUGGAGUGGCGACGGCAGCACAGGGGCAAGGGUUACUUGCUGCUGGCUGCAACUCCUGGGCUGGCUGGGGAAACACCACCAGCCCAAGAAAAGGCCGUGGCCUUUGCUGCUUGGGAUGACAAUGAGCCCUGGGGCCCAUGGACUGGGAAUGGAACCUUCUGGCUGCCGGCUGUGAAGCCUUUUCAGGAGGGCACCUACUUGGCCACUGUGCACCUGCCUUAUCUGCAAGGACAGGUCUCCCUGCAGCUGACUGUGCACAAGCCCCCCAAAGUGUCUCUGACACCAGCACCCCUUGUGUGGGCUGCCCCAGGAGAGACACCCCCGGAACUGAUCUGCCUUGUGUCCCACUUCUACCCUGAGGAGGGCCUGGAGGUGGAGUGGGAGAUCAGAGGUGGCUCAGAAGGCGGUUCUAGAAAGGCUGAGGGGGAGACGUGGCUGUCCACCGUCCGCCACCAUUCCGAUGGCUCUGUCAGCCAGGCUGGGCACCUGCGGCUGCCCCCGGUCACUGCCAAUCAGCAUGGAGUACGCUAUGCCUGUCGGGUCCGCCACCCCAGCCUGCCAGCAUCGCGGCGCAGUGCUGAAGUCACACUGGAGGUGGCAGGCCUCUCCCGGCCCUCAAUCGAGGACAGCGUAGGCCUGUUCCUGUCUGCUUUUCUCCUUCUGGGACUCAUGAAGGCACUAGGCUGGAUCGUGGCCCACCAGACCAUUCAUGAAGACUCAAAGGAGAAGGCGGCAGCUGCCAGCCUGAGCUCAAAGAAGUCACAGUAAGGCACAGUUUCCGUGGGAGCCACCUCAUCUUUACCCAGCCGACUCCAGCAGCCCCUCCCCCAACAGUUUCCGUGGGAGCCACCUCAUUUUACCCAGCCGACUCCAGCAGCCCCUCCCCCAACAGUUUCUCUUCCAUUGAGCAUGCGGCGGGAGUUGUUUAGUUUUUACUUUAGUUGUUGUUUUUGUUCUUGUUUUUAGACAAGGUCUCUCCAUGUAGCCUUGGCUGGCCUGGUCCUCAUCAAACCAACCAGGCUGGGCUUGAAAUCCCAGAGAUCCAUCUGUCCCUGCCUCCAGAGUGACAUUGGCCACCAUGCCUUGAGGAUUAUUAUUAUUAUUUUAGUUCUUAAGGCUCGAAGACAGAGGUUCUCAAAAUUUUGAGUCCCAAUACAUGUUAAAAUGAUCAAGAAGCCCAAAGAGUUUUUGUUAUGUGGGCUAUUGGAACGUAACUUAAAAAAAAAUAAAAUAGAAAAAAGAAGAAAAGAAAGAAAAAGUGACCUACGCCUUUGAUCCCAUCACUUGGCACUCCAGACUCCGGAGGUGGAGGCAGGCUGGCAUGAAACUCACUUGAGUCUCAUGCCAACCUGAUUUACAAUAGGGAGUUCCAGUUUAGCCAGGGUGGGGAUUCUUUUGAGAGAACUAAACACAAGAAUAAACAUGCGGUGGGGUACACGCCUUUAAUCCCAGCACUCAGGAGGCAAAGACAGGUGGGUCUCUGAGGUCGAGACCAGCCUGGUCUACAGAGUGAGUUCCAGGACGUGGCUCCAAAGCUACACAGAGAAACCCUGUCUCGAAAAACAAAUGAAGUGUCUCUAUGCUCUAGAGCAGCGUUUCUUAGCCUGCAGGUCUGCAGGUCAUGACCCCUCUAAGACCAUCAGAAAUAUCAGAUGUUUACAUUAGGAUUCAUAACAAUAGCAAAAUCACAAGUAUGAAGUAGCAACGAAUAUAAUUUUAUGGUUGGGGUUACCACAAUAUGGGAAACUGUAUUAAAGGGUUGUAAGAUUAGGAAGGUGAAGAAUCACUGGCUAUAUAAUUACAACGACUAAGGGAUUAGAGCAUCUUAAUGUGCUGGGGACCUCUGGGACAGCUCACGACGGAUCUAGAGCCCAGCGGUCAGUGUGUCUCCCAUGACCGACUAAUGCCUACCUCUCCAGUUCCCCUCACACCACAGCGUUUUUUCCGCCUGCUCUACCUUCGCCAUCUUUGGGCCACAGACCUGAUGGGCCUCGUCCUUCCACGGACUCCCGAGUGUCCCUCUCGUGAGGUUCACCGGCCGUCCUUAAAGGAUGUCCGUCCUCUCCUGCCCGCCCGCCCGCCAAGAUAUCGGUCUAGUCGUGUGCCAAUAAAACUGUUUCAGAGUUCUCCA